AUGAUCAGGAGAAACAACAAUUAUCUCAACUAAUGAUGUAACCAAAGUGAAGCGAAAAUGAGAAUUGGUAACCAAUAGUUACCAUGAGAAUCACCUGAUUCAAUAUAAUCUUUCAUUGGAAUUGUUUUCAUGGUCAAUUUUUCCUCUUUUGCAUGAGAUUAAUUGAGUUUCUGGUCGUAAGAUUGUUUAAUUGUGUGAAAAUGCUCCAAGCUCCCGCCGCUGAACGUAACAAGAAUCCGAUUUUAUCCAUUUUGAGGAAAGUGUUACCACCCGAUGUUCAGUUAAAUGGCCUGGAAAUUGCGUCUGGAACUGGACAACAUGUCACCUGGUUCGCUUCAAAUUUACCGAAUAUCAUCUGGCAGCCAACUGAAUACGAUCAAAGUUCACUGGCCUCAAUUAGAGCUUAUCGUGAAUCUAAUGAUGAAAUCAAAUCAAGGGUUAAACCACCGGAGUUGGUUGAUGUAACGAAACCUUUGGAUUUGUGGCCUCAACAAGUCGCUAAAUUGUCCCAUUAUGAUUUCAUUCUGAAUGUAAACAUGAUUCACAUUUCACCUUAUGAAUGUACCAUUGGAUUGUUCCGUUCAGGUCAACAGUUGAUUAAGGAGAAUGGGUUAAUUAUUCUGUAUGGACCGUUUUCUAUUGACGGUAUCUUGACCCCCGAAAGUAACGUUAAUUUUGACCAAAGUCUUCGAGCUCGAGAUUCGAGUUGGGGUGUCAGGGAUACUCGAGAUGUCGGUUCGACUGCUCACCAAUUUGGCUUCCGAUUUGUUCAAAUUUACGAUAUGCCGGCGAAUAAUAAAAUCUUAAUCUAUCGAAAGUCAUCACCAUGAAAAUUUUCAUCGAAAUUCAGUUUUCAUAUUUGAAAAUUUUCCUUACAAAUUGAAUCAAAUUACCAAAAUUUUAUUCUUGGUGUUAAUUGGUUUUAUUAAUUAUAAAACAUAAAUGGUUUAAUCUACUAAAAAAGAGAUUUGAUCAAAAAUUGUACAAUUAAUUCAAAUUAUAAAAUAUAAUAUUUCACAAGAAA